AUGCCGCCGCACCUCACAAAGAGAAAGCGCACUCCAGACGACGAAGACGCAGAUACACCACGCGCAAAGCAAACCCGCAACACCGAUGAGAUAGACCUGGAGGACGAGUCCGAUGACGAUGGCUUCGGCCCCAGCGCCCCUACCACAACAACACAAGAAACAAAGCCAACGCAGAAGUCAUCCAUCGGUCCUACGAUGCCUCCGUCAAAUACCAACGAAAUCAGCCUCGACGACUCCGAUUCCGACGAUGGCUAUGGGCCACCCGCUCCUCGCGCCGCAGAAAAGCCAGCAGCUCCCGUGUCCAAGCCGUCGAUAGGCCCUACCAUGCCUCCGAAGCAACCGAUCGGCCCCUCGCUACCACCAGCAGGCGCCCAAGCAGACGCGAAUGACUCCUCAGAUUCCGAUGACGAUGACGACUACGGCCCGGCCCUUCCCUCCUCAGCGGCAUCCGCGCAACGAACACAAGCGGCGGCCGUCGCGGCGGCGGCGGCGGCAGCAGCAGCAGGUCCUGCAGCGCCCCAGCGCGAUGACUGGAUGCUUGCACCACCAACACAGUCGGGUUACCAGGAACGGGACCCGACGAAGCUCAAAAGCCGCAAGUUCGCAAGCGGCAAGUCGUCCUCUGCCGCUGGUGGCGGCGGCGGCGGUGGCAUCAGCAGCAUCUGGACGGAGACGCCAGAACAGAAGCGCAAGCGUCUCGAAGAUGCUGUCCUUGGUCGUGGAGACCCAGCAGCCGGCGCCGAGCAGCAGAAGCCACGCCGUACAAGAGAAGAAGAGGAACGCGACAGACGCAUCAGCGAAAACAUUGCAGCGUCCCGGGGUAAAAGUAUGUAUGAAGAGCAUCAAAAAGAGAAGAGGAGAAGUGGAAAGGAUGAAGAGGAGGAGGAUGACCCCAGCAAGCGAGCAUUUGAUAGAGAGAAGGACAUGGCGCUUGGGGGCAAGAUCAAUACGGCACAGAGGAGGGAAAUGCUUAACCGUGCCAAAGAUUUUGGUGGCCGGUUUCAGAAGGGAUCCUACCUUUGA